GGUACGAAUACGACCAUACCGGACGUCAAGCGCAGCUGUGGGAUGUUCUGCAGUACAUCCGUGUGCCCUUUCUUUCUCCCCAGCGACUCGAAAAUUAUUUCUUGGCAUUUUCUAACGGCCUUAUCAGCUCAGCCGCCGUGGAUUUUCCAUACCAAUCCAGCAUCGAUGAAUUACCCGGCCGCAAAAUCGAAGCGAUAUCACCUCGAUGUCGACCUCGGAAAUCAUACGGUUUGCCGAAAGUGAUAGUGUGUGUUGGUGGCUGGAAUCUAACCGAGGACGAAUAUUUGGAUGCUGUGCACGUUGUCAGUCCAUCGAUGUCGGCUGUUUGGCAUCUCAAAAGAUCAAAACUUCCGCAAGCCGUUCUUGGAUGUGGCUUAGCAGUUGCGGAGAACAGCAGACUUAUUGUUAUUGGCGGAAUUGUGGACAAUUCUUCACACGGUACGAAGCGAGUUUGUCAGGUGGACUUGCAACGGAAUGCGUGUACGGAUCUGGCACCCAUGCAAGUCGGUCGUUUUUACGGUGGUGUAGCCGCGCUGAAUGGCCGUGUGUACGCUGCCGGUGGCUUUAGCGACGCAUCGACGAUUUUGGAUGCCAUGGAAUGUUAUGAACCGGAGAAAGAUGUUUGGCAGUCUGUGGCUGCUCUACCGCUUCCAUUAGCUGCUUUUGUCAUGGUGGUUUUCAAGGACCGGCUGUACGUGUUCGGAGGUUGUCUCCAGAUGCGAGCAGAGCCUGUUAAUUCCACCUUCUGUUACGAUCCGGAAGCUAAUGCAUGGAGUAAACUGGCGGACAUGCCAACUGCACGCAAGUACUGUAGCGCCUGUGUGGGUCUGAAUGGCUUGGUUUACGGUAUUGGUGGUCUAAAAGGCUUACGUUGCGUGCAGGCGUACGAUCCCAUCAGUGAUCGGUGGUUGAAAAAAAGCAAUACGAUUAACCAACACUUCGGAGCUGGAUGUGCGUGUGUGGAUGGAAAGGUUUACGUAGUGGGUGGAUGUAUCAGAGCUACCGGUUCGGAUAUUGAGGUGUAUGACGAAGAUGCAGAUACAUGGCGCCUACUUCCCUGCCGAUUACCCGCGAACCAAACGAGUUUCGGGUGUGCCGUCUUGACUGUGAAAAAGGGUCAAAGUUUGGCUGGUCAGUUGAUUCUGAGUUCUGAUUAGCAAUGAAACGGCUGAAGUGAGCGUGGUGAAGGACGCCUCGAGGAGCUGCUAAACGCAGUAGCAUGAUUUUGUUCUAUUGUUUUUAAUUCUUGUGAUAAAUCUCGGCUGAGAAUAAAAGUUUUCUGCUUACUUGAAGCUGAGUUGGAAGCGGAUCCGAAUCAUCCGAUUAACUGAAAUUAAAAAGCGAAAUUGUGGCGCUUUAUUUCAUUCUUAAUUUGGCAAAAUAAGUUUCACAUAAUAUCGGCAAAUCUGUUGGGUUUCCAAUAAAUUUUUGAUGCAAACGACAAUCUGUUUUCAUAAUAAUGUUUUUAAUGACGUUGACGCUAUCUACUGCAAC